AUGAAGAUCGAGUUUGCAGCAGCUGCUACAAUUGCAGCCUCAGGCGUUGUUGCUCAGUCAUCGCCUGCUCCCAUCACCUCUGCUGCAGUCAGCACAUCAACUGCAUCACCAGUCUAUGUCACACUGACAAUUGAUGAUUGCGAUACUACCGCUCCUCCAGCAAUGGUCACAGUGACCAAUGGAGUCACACUUACCUACUGUCCCAAGUGCGAAGAGGCCUCAAAGUCCUCUGCCGCCCAAGUCACUCCCUUCACCACAAUCUGGACAACAACUUAUCUUUCUCUUUGCACGACCGUUACUUCUCACGGUAUGACACCAGUCGUCUACACCGUCACCGAGUCAUGUACCGAACCUACCCCUACCUGGACUCCUGGUCCGAGUUACGUUCCUCAAGGCUUCACCACCACCGAAGUCGUCUGCCACCAAUGUGCCGAGGGUCCUGCAACCUACACGGUCACUCAACCCUGCGAUUGCGAACCUACGCCUGCUCCUGCACCUGCCAACCCUACUGGCUCAUCUCCUGGAGGCAACGGCGGAAAUGGGGGCAAUGGAGGCAACGGUGGAAAUGGUGGCUCGUCUUCUCCCGGUGGUAACGGAGGAAAUGGCGGCAACGGUGGCAAUGGAGGCAAUGGAGGUUCUUCAAGCCCUGGUGGCAACGGAGGAAAUGGGGGCAAUGGUGGAAACGGUGGAAAUGGAGGAAAUGGAAGCCCUGGCACACCCGGCACUCAAGGAGGCAACGCUCAGCCUCCUGCUCCUGCUGCCGGCACACCUGCUGCCAAUCCUCCUGCCGGCAAUGUCGUCACUCAGAUCAGCGACGGUCAGAUCCAAGCACCUACUAGCAAUCCUCAACCCGUCACCCAGAUCUCAGACGGUCAGAUUCAGGCUCCUACUGGUGGUGCCGGACGUCCUGAGGGCCCGGCUGCCAACAAUGGCUCAUCGACUGUCACCGUUCCCUGCCCAGGACCUCAAUGCAAGUUCUCGACUGCUGCAUCACCUAGCGGCACCGCACCCGCAUCUACCAGCCCAGUCUCUUUCACUGGCGCUGCGUCAAGCUUCAGCAUCGGCGGUGUCUUCGCACCGUUCGUUGCAGUCGCUGCCGCUGGGUUCGCCGUGCUUCUCUAG